AGGCCAUGUCCUCUCUCUUCCCUCUCUUCGUCUCGUAGCUUACUACGCAUACUUCCAAUACAACGCUUAUGAGCAUUGGCAUGUAUGGAACACACAUUUUUGUCAUGUGGUUCUUACGUAACUACGCAAGCAUGUCCUACCCCACCUGCCCACAGAUGUGUCUCUUAGAGUGGGAGGGGGGAAGGUCAAAGGUCAUUCCAAUAAGCCACACUCACCAUUUUCCUCUUUGCUGUAGAUCAUCUGCUGAUCUGCCGUCAGAGGAGUUAUCUGAUGACUACGAUGAUGAACUGGAGCAAUUCAAAAAGAUCUGUUUUGCCGCACCUGUUGUGAACCGCAAGAGAAUUGCUGUCUCGCUUGAUAUGAACGAUCUCAUGGCCAAAAUGAAAUAGACAUUACAUCAUAAUUACAUCAUUCUUGUACAAAAAAACAGUGACACACACACAAUGUCUCUAACUGAGUUGAAAUGUUGUGUAUUAUGAGAUAAUGGACACAAAAAGUGCAUGAAACUAUACAACAACACAUUCUUCAACUAAAACUCCACCCAAUAUGAUGAUCUUGUCAGGUGAUGUACUGGCUACUAAACAGUAGUUCCUACCACUAGUCAUAGUGCCAAUCUCCACCCACUGUCCAUCCACUAGCUGGUGAAUGGAGUUGACUGAUGACAUACCUCGAAUCCCACCAAUGAGUACUAGUUGUCCACAGAGAGUGGCAGCUGUUGAGAAUUCCACUGGUAGAGGAAGGAGAGGUUUCCAGGAUAGGAUGGGAGGUGAUGUGAUCGGUUGAUCACUGGAUGGUAGGGCUGCAAGAGAACACGAGUAGCUAUUAGCCUUAAUUCCUAUCACAUUCAACUGAUCACCACAUAUUGUGGCUGAAGGGUAGGGGAGAGGUUGUGGUAAGUCUGUUAGUUGGUACCAUCUUCUGCUCUUCACUUGAAAUAGUUCAACUGUCGCAGUCCAACCACCAUCACCACGCCCCCCAAUCACAAUGAGGUAUUCCCCAUCAGAUGUAGUAACUACAGCAGUGCAGGAACGUGCAGUGUUCAUUGGAGGGUAUUUCUCAACCCAGUUCCUCUGUUGUAAUGUGUAUAGUUCGUUAGUACGAGAUCCAUCCUCUCCCCCCACAGCAGUUAGUUCCCUGUCAAUGAUGACUAGUCCAGAGUUCUGAUACGGACAUGAAGGAAGUUCCUCCCAUUUCUCUGUACUAGAUUCAUAUUGGUAGACUAAGGUGGAGUCACGUGAGGUGGCGCGACGUGGGGUGAAGUAU